AUGAAGCAUGAAAAAGCACCUAAAUCAUUUGAACUAUCACAUCUUAUUGUAAAAGAAAAAGAAAAUGUCAGUGAUAGUGAAGAUAUAGAGGUUUAUGGAGGAUAUUCAGUGUUUAUUAAGAAUAAAGAAGAAACACUUAAUGAAAAACGUCAAUGGGCAGUCAAAAUAAUCUUAUUAGCAUUAAUUUCAAGUUUUUCUCUUGGUAUUUAUUAUUUUGAAAAUAUUUUUCAUUCUGGGAUAUAUGGGGCUUAUAUGUUAAUUAAUUCUUUGAUUCCAAUAAUAUUUAUUUUCAUUAUUGAAAAAUACGGAAUACGUUUUUCUCCAAUAUAUAUUACAGGCACUAUAUUUUUAGGUCAUUGUCUUUGUAUUGUUGGAAUAUUUUUGCACAUGAAAUAUUUUACUCUUUUAGGACUGUUUAUAUCCAAUUUUUGUAUUAAUCCACUUGUUAUGUUGCAAGAAAUACUUAUAAUUGAAAUAUUUCAGCAAGAUAAACUGGGUUUUCUCAUUUCAAUUAUACUAAGUAUUCAGAAAUUAAUUGAAUUUAUAUUUUCUUUUUUAAAAAAUAAUUUUGAUAAAAAUUUAAUACAAAACAAAAUCUUUUUUGUUACUUCUUUGAUGUUGUCGUUAUUUUCUUUUUUUCUAUCUCUAAUUUACAACAAAGCAAUAAAUAAAAACAAGAAAGUCUUAUACGUAUUCAUUAACAAAAAAGGAGUUUUUAAAAAUAUAGAAACAAUGUCAGUUUAUUUUUGGUGGUAUUUAUUAGUUUGUUUUUCAUGUAGUUGUAUUUGGAAUCCUUUUGUCAGUUUUUUGACUAAAAUUAAGCAUACCUACUUUUUAGAAAAUAUAAUUACAGCAGAUUUUUCGUCUAGGAUUUUAUUAUUAUCUUUUUUAUUAUAUCCCAUAAUAGGAUGGGUUAAUGAUCAUUAUGGUCAUCGUCUUAUAAUACUAAUGAUUUCACUGUUUAUGUCAUUAUUAAGUUUUAUGUCUUUAUUACUACCAAUUAAAUCAAAUAUAGUUUUCAUUACUCUAUUUUCUCUUGGACAAGGCGUCUCGUCUAUUAUUUUAAUUAUACUAACUUUAUAUAUUUCAAAAAACGUAUUAAUAGCAUUUGGGUUUUAUAAAACUAUAGAAAUAUCUGGAAAUACUAUAAUGGAUUCUCUAGUAAAUAUUGUAUUAAAUUUAAAAAAGAAAAGAACUUUAAAUAAUACGGAUAUUAACCUUAUUGUUAUGCUAUUUACCACAUUAAAUAUGUUUUCACUGGUGUUUCUUGCUUCAUUCUAUCGACAUGAUAGCCUUUACAACAAAAGAUAUAUCAAUAAUUGCCUUUUUACUUUAUUUAACAAAAAAUCUAAAAUAAUAUACCAAGAUAUAAUAUUUAGAUCAAAAGAAAUUUCAUUGAAAUUAACUAAAAUCUUUCUAGGACUCAUUGUCACUGGGUUAAUUUUAACUUGGAUAUUAUAUAUCAUUACAAUUUCACAAUGA